GUUCUUGCCUCUUACCGCAACACCGAACGACCGCUGCGUAUUGCUUUUACGGUAGUUUCACGUGUUGAUAAUAUUUAUUAGUAACAAACAUGAAGAUUGACAAGAAGUUGGACUUCAAGACGCUGAAAAAACAGCUUGCAGAGGAGGAUGCAUUCAUAUCGAAUAUAUUUUCAAAAAUGCCAAUUCCAGGUGCCGAGCUCGCGGUCCAGAAUGGUCAUGAAGAAGAUUUUCCUUUCGAAGGUUCCGACGAAGAAUCUGAGGAAAAACCAAACAACAAUCACAAUGACGUGAAAGAUAAAAAAGUAGACAGAGCCCAAACAAUUCAAGAACUGCGUGGAAAGCUAGAGGACAUGAAAAAUAAAGUGUUAGUUCACAAAGACAAACUUCUGAAAAAGGGUUUGAAAAAGAAAAUCAAAAAACAAGAAAAAUUAGCUCAAAGAAAGCUUGCCAGACUAGAGGCUGCAUCUGCAAAGAAAACUGUCAGCAUAAAGGAAGAAAAUGGUAUUAAGGAAGAAGCUCCUAAACCAGCAUCCAAACCAAAACCAAUAUUCAAUGCCCAAGGCAAUAUGGUUUUCAGCAAAUUUGACUUCCAAGAAUUCGGAUCUGAAAAGAAGUCUAACAAAGGUGAAAAAGAUCCAAAGAAAAUUUUGAAAAAAAUUGAAGAAACAAAGAAUAAAGUGAAAGAAUUGGAAAAAGCUGGUGAAAUUGGUAAAGCUCAGGAAAUAAAAGAAAAAAUGGCGUGGCAGUCAGCUUUAGCUAAAGCAAGUGGAGAAAAGGUAAAAGAUGACCCAGAAUUAUUGAAGAAAACAAUUAAAAGAAAAGAGCAUCAGAAAAAGAGUAGUGCUAAAAAAUGGGAAGCCAGAAAAGAAGCUGUUGAAAGAGGUAUUCAACAGAGACAAGACACAAGAAAAGAAAACAUAAUGAAACGCAAAAAAGAUGUGAAGAUGGGCAAAAUGAAGAAAGCAGCUAAGAGAGGACGUGUUAUACCUGGAUUUUAGAAAUUGAUAGCAGCGAUCUUAAAGGUCAUCAAUUUGUAAAUAGCUUCUUAAAGUAAUCUAAUAAAUAAUUUAAUUUUGAAUAUACUUUUUUGUUAAUUUUAAAAUUAAAGUUAAAAAUCAUAUAACGAAUAUAAAGAACUUGACUAAAAAUAUUAAAAUUGUAUUUUUAGUUCAGCAUUUUCUAGCUUUUUCCGGCAAUCAAAUAUCUCAAACAUGUGGAAGCUCAAAACUUGUAAAUAAUAUGUGCGUACUUGUAAAUAGUGUUUUAUAUGCGUUUUGAUAACGAACAAUUGUUUUUUUUUAAAUAUUUAUACAUUAUGGGGUAUAUAAAAAAACGUUCUUUCUUUAUGUAUUAAAAAAAAAAAAAAAAUAGGCACUUUUACAUGUAUCUAGUAAAAAGAAUUUUAUAAAGUAUCAAUAUAUUGAUAAUUAA